ACCCCCAUUCAGACAGAUGCUGACCUUGUGGUGUGAGGCUGGCCUGACCCUGCGUAGAUCCGGUCGCCUCUGAUUGGGCAGCAAACUCUGGAGACACCAACCUGGGAUUGGCUUUCUUCCUACAGACUCUAUUCCUUGAUUGGCCAGUUGUCUGAACCUUUGGAUCGGAUUGGCCGCCAUGCUGAACGUCACCGGCGGGUUGUCGGUGAACCAGAGCGCAGGCAGCUGUGUGAUGCCGUACGGGGAUGACCGGGUUCCGCUGCUGGUUCUCUACAUCGUCGUUCUGGUCGUCGGUCUUCCCGCCAACGCGCUGACUCUCUUCCUCACCUGGCAGCAGGUGCGCAGGAAGAACGUUCUUGGCGUUUACCUGUGGAGCCUGUCGCUGUGCGACCUGACCUACCUGUUCACGCUGCCGCUCUGGGCGGACUACGUCAACAGCGGCCACCAGUGGCGGUGGAGCUCGACGGUCUGCAAGCUGACGGGCUACAUCUUCUUCACCAACAUGUACAUCAGCAUCUUCUUGCUGUGCUGCAUCUCCUGUGACCGGUACUGGGCGGUGGUCUACAGCCUGGAGUCCCGCGGCCAGCGGCGGCUGCGCCACGCCGUGGUCAUCACGGUGGUCAUCGUGCUGGUGGUGUCCGUGGGCCACAGCGCCGUCUUCACCAUGAAGGAGGGGAAACUUCAAGACUCGAAGCUGUGCUUCGAGCCGAGCCAGAGGAGCGUCCAGGUGAUGGGCUUCAGCUACGCCCGCUUUGUGAUCGGCUUCCUGCUGCCGCUGCUGCUGCUGGCCGUCACCAACCGCUGCGUCUUGACCAACGUCCAGCGCAGCACGGGCCUCCACGGCGGCCAGAAGCGGCGGGUCCGGCGGCUGGCGGUGGCGGUGGUGCUGCUGUUCCUGGUCUGCUUCGGGCCGUACCACCUGAUCCUGCUGGCCCGGGCCGUCGUCACCCAGUUCCCCCAGCUGGUGGCCGCGCCCUGCCUGUUUGAGGGGACCAUGUACACGCCCUACACCAUGUCGCUCGGCCUGUCCACCAUCAACAGCGCCGUCAACCCCAUUCUCUACGUCCUGUCCAGCAACAACAUCCGCAAGGACUGCCGCCGCGGACUCACGCAGAUCUGCGCGUGGUUCUGCCACGGACCGUCGACCAACAGCAGCCAAAUCAAAUCAUUGGAGCUGAACGCCGGAACCGACACCGAGAGACAUCCGGUUGGCCCAGAAGAGACCAGAUAGAAACGGUUCCUGAUCGGCGGCUGAAGCUCUGGCGUCCAAACGUUCAGUCCGCUUAAACCCGACUCCGGACCGUUUGUCCAGAAAGUCCGGUUCGGUUGGUGAAGUGACUUCAGUCCCGGUUGAAAUGAACUCUGGUUCAGUUCCAAUGUGAACCAAGCAGAGCAGAGACCCAAAAGCAGGAAGUGGACUACAGCGCAGGGCAUUCUGGGUAAAGUUUUCUGUUUCGUUUCCUUCAGUGGUUCUUGGUGCAGCGCCCCCGCAGGCCAGGAGGGGAACGGGCUGGUUUGACUCUGAACCACAGCAGAUGAUGGAGUUCUGGUUCCAGUAGAACCGGGUCGACCGGACCGUCAGGAGGACGACUUGCUCCUGUUCAGGACCGAUGAACGAGUUCUUCUGGGACAAAAUGUUAAAAAUGGAAUUUGUGAUGUCAGGAUGUUUGUAACCUGAUUAAAGAAAAGCAGAAUGCGAGUUUAUUGCAAACCAAACAAAUAAAAGCUGUAAGUACAAGUUGUAAAGUCAGUUACCAAAAUAAAAGCCGAUUAUGAGUCAUAAAAUAAGUUGAAAUUCAUAAUUAUGAAACAAAAAACUAAUUAAAACUGAACAAAAUAAAACUAAACUUUAAUUCACUAAAAUUACAAUAUUUUGAAAAGUGAUGAAAAUCUAAAAGUUGCAACAAAUUUCAGGA